CAGAGGUGGGCAACGUCACGACUGACGCCCUGGGGGAAUGUGCGUCAUGGGCUGACUUCUAAGGGGACUUAGUGACCCGGUGGCGGUGGUGGUGGUGGUGAUAGGACUUAGUGACCCUACUUUUUGUAAAGCCCUCUUCCAGCCAACCACAGGCCUGAUUUAACUUCGAAAUGUGAAAUUAUGCGGAAAAGAAGAAGUUGUGACAUGUUGUGGUGGAGGUUGAAGAAGAAGAAGUAGUCACACUCUCGUAGCAGCACGAGCGAGUGAUAUUCUCUUUCGAAGAGGUAGAAUUUCGCCAGUUGUGACGCAAGGUGCAUCGCAUAGUAUUCAGUACGAUGGGCAUGAUGGAAGCCACUGAUAUCGAGGAGAAACGGAACCCCCGACGAAAGAAAAGUCGCGAUUUAUCGCAGAAACGCUCGAAAGCAAGCACGAUUUCGAAGACCAGCGUUGAGGAACCAUCCACGAAGCCGUCAAUGGUAUCCAGGAAGAGAGCUUCCAUCUCAUGUCAGCCACAACAAACCAAGAAAGAAAUCACCAAGAAAUCUGACGACGAGAAAUCCGAUCUUGGGAGUUCCAUAGACGCGACGAGAACCUCUAGGAAGUUCCUAUCGUGGAAGUACACGGUGUCCAUGCAAACGCUUUCUGAAAAAUCGUGCGUAUAUCAUGAUUCAGAGAGAGAGAGCCCGAAGUCCACCAAUACGCUGGUAAUAACCGUCGUAUCCGUCGUCUUAAUUCUGGUUGUCACCGCCGCAGGAGCCUUCUGGAUUUACAAGCAUUACAAGGACAAGCUGAGACAACGCAAGGUGAUAGAAUGCACAACAACGGAAUGUAAAUUAAUCCAGCGCCAACUUAACAACGAAUUGGACAAGAAAAUUCACCCUUGUGAUGAUUUUUAUAGCUACGUGUGCAGCAAGUGGAUCAAACGAGAAUCAGGGGGAUUUUUACACGAUGUCAUCGAUAUUUACACUCAUUCCCUGAUAAAGGCUCUCACGUCUCCGGAGUCAAGCCAUCCUGACAGAUUCGGCUUACACGUAAUGGCCAAACUGUAUCAAGCCUGCCGCGAUUACGCGACUAGCAGCGGAGGAACUUUCAAGGACGCAAUAGGACAAGUCAUCGAACUGCUGAAUUUUAGGACCAUUUUGAAACGGCAACAACACAUUUUCGUAUUUCUGCUCGAAAUGUCAUUAACCAAGAAUAUACACUCAACAUUCACGGUUCGAUUUCAUCGCAGUGAGAAGUCUAAAUACUUGCGGUUCGACCUCGGAUACUCCAUUCGUUCCAAGAUGUAUGGAGUCGUGGAUGCGGACACCAGUAGAGCUUCGGAAACUGAGAAAUCGAUGACAUUUAUGACAACGCAGUUUCUGAAUGAUUCUCGUAUCAGCUCUGACAUCGAUGCAGCCACUAUAUUAAGCCUGGAUGCCAAGAUUCACAAGUUGCUCAGUGCGAAGGCCUGGGUGACGCAGCUGACGUUCAACUCAGUUGCGCGCUUGACGUCACGCAAGACCAUAGGGCAGAUCAUAGAGGUCGUUAACAAGAAUGCACCACCCGGUUUCAGAGUCGACUUUGGAAGCCAGAUUGAAAUCGCUGGACUUCGGUCUCUGAUGGAUAUUCGCAGGAUCCUCUCAAAUGGAUCUGAGGGUCUGCGGGACAUGUACCACUUGGUGAACAUCGCAGCCGAUCUCCUCCGAUUCACGGCGCACAGAAACCUUGCCAGGAUUCCGUUUGUCUGCCUUCGUGCCACGAGGAUUGCCCUCACCAACACCUGGCAAUUUGUGGUUGCCCGAUCCACAGACCAUCUAAGUAGCGGAACAGUAGCCAAGGAACUGGUCGCACGUGUCAGGGACAUGGUUACGGCUGGCAGUACGUUCGGCGUGUUUAACGAAGACGAACGACAAGGUGGUCAAGAAAUCUUGCAGAGUACAACAGCGAUUACCUACGAUGGUUCAGAAGUGGAAAUGCUAGAUGAGCAUACCGAUUAUACUUCGUGGAAGCUCGAAGGAAAACAUCUGUUCUCGGUUUAUGUAGAAGCGGGACAAAAGGAAAAGGUGAUGCUCCGCAAGUCGUUUUCUUUGACGAGUAUCAUUAAGGCUAGCGAGAGCCAGUUAAAACAUGAUCUAAGGUUCCACGAAGCGGAGAGACUCCUUACAAUCCCCACGGCGUAUCAAAACCCUCCCGUUCUUUUCGAGCAGUCAGACGAAAUUCCGCUUUACAUCAACGUGGCGACACUCGGAGUCGAGAUCGCCAAGGAAAUGGUACGUGCUUUGACUGUGCCGUUCAGAAGUUCGAGCACGUCAAUUAACACCCUUCAUGGGUCUCUUACAUGCCUGAAGAAAGUCGGUGUAGCGCAUGGUCUAAAUUUGACAGGGAUCACCGGAGCCGACCUGUGGGAGGCAGACGCAGUUCUGUGGUACUAUGCUCUUCGCAGCGUGUACGAAGGCCUCCAGGAUUUGGUCAUCAACGUGGGAGAGUCUACAAGUGGCGACAUCUGGAAGGAAACACAGCAUUAUCUUUUCAUCCGCUUCUGUAUGCUAUCGUGUACGCCACGGGAAGAAGACUCCAAGGGGAUUCCUGAGGUAUUCAAAGAGCGCUGCCUCGUCCCACUUCUUAGUAUCCCGGAUUUCGCAGAUGCCUUCGGUUGCACUGAGAGAGAGACUUUCAGAAGUGACACCUGUGUUUCUCACCAGAAGUAAAUAGUUCUCACAUGUAAAUAGUUAGGACAGAUAGAUCGUUCACUAUACAAGUGCUUGAUCGAAAUACUGUGGACGUCCUGUAUUAUUAGUCACUGUAAUUGUAAAUGGCGAAUAAUGUCCCAAAUGUGUGACGUACAUUUUUAACUGCCUAUACGUAAGGGCUGCUAUGCUGAAUAUGGUUACAGCUUGUGUCGAGAAGUACGACACCAAUAAAGGUACAAGAACAUCA